AUGACUCAAUCCCAAGUUUUGGAAUUUGUGAGGAACCAAUGCAAAAAUGGCGGGUUGGCAAAAGCCGACGAUGCUUUGCAUUAUUUUAAGGUUAUGAUUCGGCUGAACCCUUUGCCUUCAACUCCCAUUUUCAUCCAGCUCUUGGGAGCUGCAGUGAGGAUGAAGCAUUAUGCUAUCGCCAUCCACAUGAUCGAGCGGAUGGACUCCAUGGCGAUAUCUCGCAACCUUUACGUUCUCAGCAUUCUGAUAAAUUGCCUCAGCCACAUGAAAAUGUCUGAUCCUGGGUUUUCCGUUUUGACCAAAAUGUUCAAGCUUGGGGUUGAACCGAGUGUGGUGACCUUGAACACUUUGCUCAACGGGCUCUGUGAAGAGGGUAAGACCGCACGAGCCUUGACCUUGGUGGAAGAAAUGUGGGGCAAAGGGUUUAAGGUCGAUGACUUUACGUGUGGGGUCAUGGUGAAGAGAUUGUGUAGAUCCGGUAAUACCUCGACAGCUGUUCGGUUCAUGAGGGAUAUGGAAGAAAAAGGUUGCGAGCUGAAUGUGGUCAUGUGCAGCACGAUCAUCGAUAGUUAUUGCAAGGAAGGACUGGCUGCACAGGGAUGUCCUCCAAAUGGUGUCAUGUAUGGCAUUAUUAUCCGAGCACUCCUUGAAGAUGGUCAGAAAGCGAGGGCAAUGCUUCUUUUAGGGGAGAUGGUUGAGAAAGGCUUCUCAGAAGAUGCAUCGACAGCUAAAUUUUUGGGUGCAUCAGCUAACAGUACAUUAGAAUCCUGA